CAUAAGCAACCGGAGGGAGCUGAUCAGGCAUAAGAAACAUAACGGACCGUGCAAAGCCCAUAACUUGAUCGACAAAUGCUGGCGAUGCGACCCUAAAUGGGCAGACAACCGCCAGAAGAUAGCUGGCUGUUGUCAAGGCUUCGGUCACAACACCGUUGGUGGGAAAGGUGGCAAAAUCUACGUCGUUACCAAUCCAUCCGACAAUGAUGUGAUCAACCCUGCUCCGGGCACCCUGCGCCACGCGGUCCUCCAACCUCAACCACUUUGGAUCAUUUUCUCCUGCCACAUGAACAUCAAGCUCCAACGCGAGCUCCUUUUCACUAGCCACAAGACCAUAGACGGCCGUGGGUUUCAUAUCCACAUCGCAGGUGGUGCUGGGUUCAUGUUACAAAACAUUCGAAACGUCAUAAUCUUCAACAUCCAUAUGUAUGAUAUCUCGGUAGCUAGGGGUGGCAUGAUUAGAUCCUCCCCUCAUCAUAUCGGAAUUAGAGGAGCAAGUGAUGGAGACGCCAUUUGCAUAUUCGGAUCAUCUGACGUAUGGAUCGAUCAUUGCUCAUUUGCUGGCUCAUUCGAUGGCCUAAUCGACAUAGUCGCCCGUUCCACCGACAUAACCAUUUCUAAUAAUCAUUUUGUCAGACACGAUAAGGCUUUGCUAUUCGGUGCAAGUGAUGAGAAACCGGAUGAAAAUAUGCGAAUCACAGUCGCUUACAACCACUUCGGAAAAGGACUUACGCAACGGUUACCAGCCGUGCGUUGGGGAUUCGUUCAUGUCGUCAACAACGACUACACAAUGUGGAAGUGCUAUGCGAUCGGAGGUGCAAAAGGUGCCACCAUUAUCAGCCAGGGGAACCGUUACAAAGCCGAACACGGUGCCGCCAAGGAGGUGACUCACAGAAACCAAGCUGAGAAAUCAGAAUGGUGUAAGUGGACAUGGAGAUCAGAGGGAGAUCUGAUGCUGAAUGGAGCAUUCUUUGUUAAUUCAGGGAACCCUCACUGGGCAAAGCAAUACAAGGGUUACCCGUUGUUGAGACCCGAACCGGCCCAUCGGGUUCACGAGCUCACCAACUUUGCCGGUGCAGCACUCGGGUGCAAAGUAGGAUUACCUUGUUAAAUGUUUUGUUUCCCUUUUGCUGUUUAGGAAUCAACUAAGAACAGUCAUUCAAAUUUGUACAUUUCUGUGAUUAUAUAUCUUCCAACGUCUUUUCAUUUCU